ACCAAUAUAGAUAAGAGAUACCUGUAUGUCCUCGCGUCAGUUACCCAGUGUCCGUUGAAGGGGGAGGACGUGUUGAAGUGAGCUUGCCUGACCUUCUUAGCCUUUCACAAUGCCACGAGGGACACACCACCCCAGGGGACGCCGUGAUGAGGUGGAUAAAAGCAGCUACGAUGGUGAAGAUGAUGACGGCUGGUGCCUCGGUAACUGUUUGGCCUCCUUGCUCCAGUGGCCUGUGAUGUUGGCAGCAGCAAUCAUAGUACCAGUUUUCGGCAUAACUUUUAUAGUAAUGGGCAGUGUGUACAUCAAUUCGUGCCAGAUUGAGCGCUAUGUACCCAUUUGGCUCAUUGUGCAAGGUGUCGUCAUGCUGUUCGGAAUAGGCACAGGCGGAGUGAUUAAGAAGAUAAAUCAAAGAUCGUCGUCCUCUUCCUCCAGUACCCUUAUGAAGAUUUUGGGAUUCACUGUGUCGGUUGCUACUGCUGCCUGGUUCAUUGCUGGCAACGUGUGGGUGUACAAGGCGUGGUCACAGAACCCAGACUACGCCCACUACUGGUUUGAGAACGGUUGCGAUAUGUCCCUGUUCCGCGUGGCGUUCUGGGGCAUCAUCAUACUGGACGCACUGUUUGGGGUGUCAUUAGUGGUAGCGAUCGUGGCGUUCCUCCUUCGUGGCUGUAGGAGGUAAUACGGUGGUGAUGGGUGUUGUCUCUCUCUCUCUCUCUCUCUCUCUCUCUCUCUCUCUCUCUCUCUCUCUCUCUCUCGCCAUUAGGAUGAGAACAAUGUAAUAAAGUAAGAUUGUGAUUAGUUUUAUUCACAAUUACAAUAGCCACACACCGCCUUAUUAUUAUUAUUAUUAUUAUUAUUAUUAUUAUUGUUGUUGUUAUCAUUAUUUUCAUUUGUAGCGAAUAGAUUGAUAAAAUGAAGAAAACUGUUAGAAAUUAGUUGUAAUGUGUCACCAAUUCUUCUUCUUCUUCUUCUUCUUCUUCUUCUUCUUCUUCUCCUUCUUCUCCUUCUUUUUCUUUUAUUAUGAUCACCAUUAUUAUUAUUACUAUUACUAUUAUUAUUACUAUUAUCAUUAUUAUUAUCGUCACCAUCAUUAUUAUUGUUUUUAUUACUGCUGUUGUUGUUUUUGUUCUUAUUCUUGAUCCAAUUUAUCGUAAACUUUCCGUAAACUUUAAGGGACUAUCAAUUCAUACUGCUGUGGCUACAUUUACUCUCUAUAUAAGUACAAUAAACAUAUACAACAACAACAGCUACAACAAAAUAGUAUAGAGACAAAAAUAAUAGCAGUUAAUUUAGAGCCUUAAGUUACUCUAGUUCUUUUUAUAUCAUUACAAAUUUUUAGUUAUAAUAAAAAAGGUUCACAAAA